CUUCCUUGCGUACGCGACCGGCAAGCUGCGACAGAAAGAGGACGGAGUUUGGGCUCGGACUACAACUCCCAGUAGGCCCCGCAACGCCCGUCCUUUCCUUUCCGAACGCGGUGGAAAAAGGACAGGGCGAAUGGAGGCUUUUGAGUGCCCGUUUCUCAAAAGGCGGGAAAGGCGAACUACACCUCCCGACGAGCCGCGCGCGCUUGCGCCUGCGCUCUGGUAUCUGUCGCCAUCUUGCCCCUUCUGAGGCACCGCAAACAAACCUAAUUCCUGGUGUCCCCUAGUCUUGGCGGAGGAGCCUUUUAGAUGAGCCCCGAAAGGCCGGGCAGGGAGGACAAGCUCUUUGGGGCUACCAAACAGAAGCAGCAAUGCCUGUUGUGUGGCCAACCCUUCUGGAUCUCAGCAGGGAUGAAUGCAAACGAAUUCUUCGAAAAUUGGAAUUGGAGGCAUAUGCUGGAGUUAUCAGUGCACUUCGUGCACAGGGCGAUCUCACCAAGGAAAAGAAAGAUCUUCUUGGAGAACUCUCAAAAGUCCUUAGCAUCUCAACAGAACGCCACCGUGCUGAAGUUCGGAGAGCAGUAAACGAUGAACGGUUAACAACAAUUGCACAUAAAAUGAAUUUAUCCUUAUAUUUGGGUGAAAGACCAAGUUACAGUAUGUCUGGACCUAAUAGCUCUUCAGAAUGGUCCAUUGAAGGGCGUCGAUUGGUACCACUGAUGCCCCGGCUGGUUCCCCAGACUGCCUUCACCGUAACAGCAAAUGCUGUGGCCAACGCAGCUGUCCAGCACAAUGCAUCCCUUCCCGUGCCUGCAGAGACAGCAAGCAAAGAAGGUGUCAGCUGUUCAGAUGAAGAUGAAAAACCCAGAAAACGCAGGCGAACAAACUCUUCGAGUUCUUCUCCUGUGGUCCUGAAAGAAGUUCCAAAGGCCGUUGUUCCAGUCUCAAAGACCAUCACUGUGCCUGUGAGUGGCAGUCCCAAGAUGAGCAACAUCAUGCAGAGCAUUGCCAACUCCUUACCACCCCACAUGUCACCUGUGAAAAUAACUUUCACCAAACCGUCGACACAGACGACAAACACAACACAGAAGGUUAUUAUAGUGACCACAUCACCAAGUUCAACCUUCGUGCCCAACAUUCUCUCCAAAUCCCAUAACUAUGCAGCAGUCACUAAGCUUGUACCAACAUCGGUCAUUGCUUCCACAACUCAGAAGCCACCUGUUGUUAUAACUGCACCACAGUCCUCUCUGGUCAGCAGCAGCAGCAGUAGCAGUGGCAACAGCAGUUCUACGCCAUCACCUAUUUCUAGUACAGUAGCAGUAACAGCCGUGGUGUCUUCCACACCAUCCGUGGUCAUGUCAACAGUAGCACAAGGUGUAUCCACAUCAGCAAUCAAAAUGGCAUCCACAAGACUUCCUUCCCCCAAAAGCUUAGUGAGUGCCCCUACCCAGAUUCUUGCACAGUUUCCUAAACAGCAUCAGCAGUCUCCUAAGCAGCAGUUACACCAAGUGCAACAGCAGACACAACAGCCAGUGGCCCAGCCUUCCGCAGUGUCUCAGCAGCAGCCCCAGCAGUCACCAUUGCCACCUGGUAUCAAACCUACCAUCCAGAUCAAACAGGAGUCAGGUGUUAAAAUCAUCACACAGCAGGUUCAACCAAGUAAAAUCUUACCCAAACCAGUGACUGCAACUCUACCCACCAGUAGCAAUUCCCCUAUUAUGGUGGUUAGCAGUAAUGGUGCAAUUAUGACAACUAAACUGGUAACUACUCCUACCGGUACUCAGGCCACCUACACCCGGCCAGCAGUGAGCCCGUCCUUAGGUCGAGUAGCCACAAGCCCUGGAGCUGCAGCCUAUGUGAAAACGACCAGUGGUAGCAUCAUUACUGUAGUACCCAAAUCAUUAGCUACCUUGGGAGGCAAGAUAAUUAGCAGUAAUAUGGUGUCUGGAACGACUACCAAAAUCACCACAAUCCCAAUGACUUCCAAGCCCAAUGUGAUUGUUGUACAAAAGACUACAGGAAAAGGAACGACCAUUCAAGGCCUCCCUGGCAAAAACGUUGUCACUACAUUGCUAAAUGCUGGAGGAGAAAAGACUCUUCAGACAGUGCCAACUGGAGCAAAGCCAGCAAUCAUUACUGCUACAAGACCCAUCACCAAAAUGAUUGUAACACAGCCCAAAGGAAUAGGUUCCACAGUCCAGCCGGCAGCUAAAAUCAUCCCAACAAAAAUUGUCUAUGGACAACAAGGGAAAACACAGGUUCUCAUUAAACCCAAACCAGUGACAUUUCAAGCUACAGUUGUUAGUGAACAAACAAGGCAACUGGUAACAGAAACAUUACAGCAAGCAUCUAGGGUAGCAGAGGCCGGUAAUUCAUCUGCUCAGGAAGGAAAAGAAGAAUCACAGGGUUACACAGAUAGUAGUUCCUCUUCCACGGAGUCCUCCCAGAGUUCCCAAGAUUCCCAGCCUGUAGUUCAUGUAAUUGCUUCCCGGCGUCAGGAUUGGUCAGAACAUGAGAUUGCAAUGGAGACUAGCCCCACCAUAAUAUAUCAGGAUGUAUCCAGUGAAUCACAAUCAGCUACAUCAACAAUCAAAGCUCUGUUAGAACUCCAACAGACAACAGUAAAGGAAAAAUUGGAAUCUAAACCAAGACAACCCACUAUUGACUUGAGUCAAAUGGCAGUACCUAUUCAGAUGACCCAGGAAAAGAGACAUUCUCCUGAGAGUCCAUCCAUUGCUGUGGUAGAGUCAGAACUAGUUGCUGAAUACAUCACUACUGAACGCACUGAUGAGGGGACAGAGGUUGCUUUUCCCCUUCUAGUCAGCCAUCGCUCCCAGCCCCAACAGCCUUCCCAGCCCCAGCGGACCCUGCUCCAACAUGUGGCUCAGUCACAGACUGCGACACAGACUUCAGUGGUGGUAAAGUCCAUCCCAGCGUCUUCCCCUGGAGCAAUCACCCACAUUAUGCAACAGGCAUUAAGCAGUCAUACUGCUUUUACCAAACACAGUGAGGAACUUGGAACUGAGGAAGGUGAGGUUGAAGAGAUGGACACAUUGGAUCCUCAGACAGGUCUGUUUUACCGGUCUGCCCUGACUCAGUCACAGUCAACUAAGCAGCAGAAACUUAGCCAGCCCCAGCUGGAACAGACUCAGCUGCAAGUGAAAACUCUGCAGUGCUUUCAGACCAGACAGAAGCAGACCAUCCACCUGCAGGCAGACCAACUCCAGCAGCACAAACUCACACAGAUGCCCCAGCUCUCCAUCAGGCAUCAGAAACUGACUCCUCUCCAGCAGGAACAAGCACAGCCCAAGCCAGAUGCACAGCACACACAGCAUCCCGUGGUGGCCAAAGACAGGCAGCUUCCUACCCUAAUGGCACAGCCCCCGCAAACUGUGGUACAGGUGCUCGCUGUGAAAACCACGCAGCAGCUUCCUAAACUGCAGCAAGCUCCAAACCAACCAAAAAUCUACGUGCAACCCCAAACUCCCCAGAGCCAAAUGGCUCUCCCCACUUCAUCAGACAAACAGCCGGCAAGCCAGGUGGAGCAGCCAAUUAUAACCCAAGGAUCCUCUGUUACAAAGAUAACAUUUGAGGGGCGCCAGCCUCCCACAGUUACAAAGAUAACUGGUGGCAGUUCUGUUCCUAAGCUGACGUCACCAGUUACAAGCAUAUCUCCCAUUCAGGCCUCUGAGAAGACAGCAGUGUCAGACAUUUUGCAGAUGUCUUUGAUGGAAGCUCAGAUUGAUACAAAUGUAGAACAUAUGGUAGUGGAUCCCCCAAAGAAGGCUCUAGCCACCAGUGUGCUCACCGGUGAGGCAGGAGCUUUACCCUCCACCCACGUGGUGGUGGCAGGGAUGGCGAAAUGUAGAGAGUCCUGUUCAAGUCCAUCUGCUGUUGGCCCUCCCCUAACGACCAGAAAGAUCGAAGCAGCAGGAGUGCCUGCGGCAGGCCAGUUCAUGCGUAUUCAGAAUGUAGGCCAAAAGAAAGCUGAAGAGAGCUCAACAGAAAUUAUCAUCCAGGCCAUUCCCCAGUACGCUAUUCCUUGUCACUCCAGCUCCAACGUGGUAGUAGAGCCCAGUGGGCUUCUUGAACUGAACAACUUCACCAGUCAGCAGCUGGAUGACGAUGAGACAGCGAUGGAGCAGGAUGUAGACAGUAGCACGGAGGAUGGAACUGAGCCCAGCCCCUCUCAGAGCUCUGCUGAACGGUCCUAGUGUUCAGACACCAGAGUGCACUUUAAAGCCUGCUUGGUUAUCAAGUGUCCAGGGAAACCUAUGAUUUGUUGUCUAAAAAAAGCACUUUGCUCAUAUUUAGGCUAUGGACCUAGAAACACGGUGUUUCAAUGAGAUGUUGCUGCAGGAGUAGCAUUUUAACAAGAUAAAACUCACAGAGGAAUGUACUUUAAAAAAUGGAGAGGAAAAAGAAAGAAAGCAAGAAAGCAAGCAGAGGAAAAGAUGCACACCCGUGGAGACCUGGCAGCUUGCUGGAGCUGGGCAGUGCCAAGUUUGUCUAGCAGUGGAAAGAGACUUUCCUGUGAGUGGUUCUCAGCUGCUUUUCACUGCGCAAAUGCCACCAGAGAAUAUUAAAAGGAAAAGAAAGGAGAAUGUGAA